AUGCAGCAGCCCCAGCCAGCCCCGCUAGCCCCGGGCGCGCCAGGCCGCGCACAGCUAGAGGCCAUGGUCAAGCUCGUGCAUGACGUAACCGGCCGCCCGCUCAACGAGAUCAGGACGGACCUCGAGCACACGCGCGACCCGCAGAGAACCAUCGUGAGGAUCAUGGAGGGCGAGUUUUUGAAAGGGACGGCGAGGGAUCCGGGGGUGAGGAACGGGAACGGGAACGGGAAUGGCAAUGGCAAUGGGGGUGGACGGGCGGGUGCCGGGGGUGCGGGUGCGGGUGCGGGUGCGGGUGCGGGUAUGGGCGAGAAUGUGCAUAUGGGUAUGGGUAUGGGGAAUGUUCCGGACCGUGCGGUGCAGAUGCUGGAUCCUCAACUGGCACCACCGCCGCCGCCGCUGCUGCCGCCGGUGGUGCACAACAACUGGCCGUGGAGGGAAAGUGGGAGAGAAGGAGAACGGGAUACGGCCAGUAGAAGCCCCGAGAAGAAGAAGCACGUACCUGUUUCUGUUCUGUUCUACCCCCAACAAGGUCUGGCUGGUAUGGUUACUGAGACUCCCGCUAGGAAUGCGCCGAUGCAGGUUAUCGAUCUCUGCGACUCGGAGGACGAAUCACUGCCGGCAUCCCCGCCGUUUAUCCCCCAGCCACAGCGGGCGAUACAGCCGUCGCCGGAAACACGGCGGAGGAGCCCCGGCGCAGAUCAGGCCGCCAGCACGAGGUGGACACACGCGCGGCGGGACCCCGCGGGCGAACCGCGGGCACCUCCGCCUCUACCGCUGCUCUCGGCCCCCUUCGAACCAGCGGAGCGGCCGGUCUCGCACUCUCGGGGUCCUGUAGUUGCGGAAAGCAGUAGUGCAGCCCCUCCGGUUAGUAGCAACAACGCAUGGACGACCCCCGUACGGCCUCGACCCCCGCCGGCGAGACACCAUGUACCGUCUGCGCCCCCGUCGCCUCCUCCGCCGCAGCCGGCGUUCAGCGCCUCCCCGCUGUUCCGAUACCAGGAUUCUGUGUCCCCGCCGCCUUCAUCGUCGCCGAAGCCGCGGGUUGUGACGCACGCUGAUUUCCGCGUCGACCCUGCUGCGGCCCCGCCGCCACCGGUGUUCAAGACGUCCGUGGCGGCGGGGAAGCGGGUGAAGCUCGAUGUCAUCGCCAUUGACUCCAACUCUGACCCUGACACCGACUCGGGCGGGCCAGCGCCGCGCGGUGCGGUCUCUGUCCCCAACACAGACUCGAUCCCGAGGCGAGCGCGGAGGGAUAGGCACUCUCCCUCUUCUUCACCGACAAAAGAGCCGGCGCUGAGUGCUGCGACGCGCUCGCUGCUGCAGGAGUUUGAGGAGGAAGCGCGCGGGGGCGAGGGGGAGGAUGAUGAUGAUGAUGGGGGGCUGGUUGUGGGCGCGGGUAGGAAGCGGAAGAAAAAGGCGCCGGCGAAGAGCGCAAAGGCGAAAGCCACCGCCGCCGCGAAACGGAAGACGAAGCCUCCUCCUCCAGAGGUGUUGGCGGAAGAGGCGGCGGCGGUGGAGGAAAACGAAGGCACGGUCGAAGAGCAGCCAGCUGCGGCGGUGGCGGCAAAGAAAAGCGCCCGCCGCGCCGCUGAGAAAGAGGCCACCGAAGAGCAGCCAGCCGCGGCGGCAAAGAAAAGCACCCGCCUCACCGACGCCGAGAAGGCCCGCCGCGCCGCCGAGAAAGAGGCCGCCAAAGAAGCCGCCAAGCUGCAGCGCCAGCAAGAACGCGAAGCCAAGGCCGCCGAACGGGAGGAAGCAAAGGCGCAGAAGAAGCGGGAGCGCGAGGCCAAAGAGCUCGAGAAGAGGCAGGAGCAGGAGCUGUCACUAGCGAAUAAGCUGCGCAUGUCGCGGAAGGACUCUGUGCAGGAGAUGAUCGUGGACAUGUCGCAGCACCUCAAGGAGUCUGCGGCGGGCCAGUCGCUGGCGCGCUUCCUGGCGGGGUUGGGAUGCGAGGUGAAUACUACCUGGUAUCCGGCUCUGCCCGAGGGCACGGCGGAGUGGCGGGUGGUGAAGUGGCGGAGGAAGGUGACGGCGCAGUGGGAUGAGGGGCGCGCGCUGUUUGUGCCCUUGCCGGCCAUGAAGGUCGCCGACGAGUGCCAUCUGCUUGUCUACCUCACUGCGCAGGAGUUCUGGCAGCUGGCGGAGGGUGCGGAGGAGGCUAGGCUGGCGGGGCAUGUUCAGCUGGUGAGUGGCUUCUCGCCGGGGAUGCAGGAGGUGAAGGUGUUGUAUCUGCUGGAGGGGGUGGAGACAUUUAUCCGCAAGAACCGGAACAAUAGGAAUAGGGAGUACCAGAACAGGGUUCGCGCGGCGCUGGGCGAGGGGGCGAGUAUUCCGGCGGACGCAGAGAUCCUGGACGAAGACGUGCUGCAGGACGCACUGUUGGAGCUCCAGAUCGUCCAUGGAUGUCUUGUACACCACACUGCGUCGGGCAUCGAGUCGGCGGAGUGGAUCAGUAAGUUUACGACCGACAUCUCGACUAUUCCUUACAAGAACUCGCGGAGCGCAAUCGGCGCAGCAGGCUUCUGCACAGUCGCCGGCCAGCUCCGCGUCGGUAUCGGCAAGGCAGAUACGUUCCGCCGCAUGCUGGAGGAGAUCCAUCGCGUGACGCCGAGCGCGGCGGAGGCGGUGGUGCGCGUGUAUCCGGAUGUGCGGGCGCUCGUCGCGGCGUUUGCGGAGUGCGGGGAGGAGGUGUUGGCGGAUUUGCCGAUCUCGACAACAAGGCAUGGGAGGACAACCGAUAAGACUGUGGGGCCGUCGAUUAGUAGGAGGAUUUGUGGAGUGUUUAUGGAUAGGGAUCCGGAUAGUGUUGAGAUCUAG